AUGGCCGCUCAUGGCUCUGUAAGUAGCCGUCUUUCUCAGAGUCUUACGGAGGAAGAUAUCCCCGGAGCAUCGCUUCAGGGAAGAAAUCCGACUGCUCUUAAAACAGAUGAACUUCGCUUUUGGUUAAAAUGUCGUGGCGAUCCAGCAAAGGGGUUAAAAACAAAGGCACAAUUGGCGAAAAGGUAAGUACAGUAUUUGUCAGUCGUUCGUGAUACUUUUUAGAAUUAAAAGAGACUUUGAUAUUGUAAAUGGAGAUCAAAAGAUUUAGGAGUUAUUUUUCUCGAUGAAAUGUUUCAAAAAUGUAAUGAUUAAUAGUUUUUCUACUUUUCAUUUUGAAGAGUUCUGGAAUAUGUUGCGUCUGGUCGUGAUAAAGAUGUUGUGGAUCCCGAUAAAAAUCUGAUAUACACGCGUCGAAAGGCGAGACAAGAACAACUCGCUCAAAGUGAUGCGAUGCCUGAGGAAAGUACUGUUAAAUUUCCAUCAGCCGGAUGGUCUACAAGUUUGCAACGAAUGCCAUUAUUCACAAGGGCAGAGAUGGAUUUACAUAUUUCUAAAUCUGGAAAAAACUUUGACAGAAAUAAACAGAACCAUGCUGUUCCAACAAGCAUGAAAAAGGCAAAAACAUUUCUUGAUGAUGAAUACCUGAAAGACUUAACUUGCGCAAGUGAUGACCAAUAUUUCUAUUUCAAAUGCUUGUGUUACCAUAGCUUUAAAAAAAAUGAGCCACCCCACAAAUUACAAGUUGCACUUUGUUUAGUGAGUGGAGUUGUUAAAUAUGCUUCGUGUACAUGUGUAGCAGGAUCUGUUGGUUUUUGCAAUCAUGUGCUUGCUGUUAUGAUGAAACUCUGUAAGUUCAGCUUGUAUUGUUGUCAAGAUAUUAAGGACUUGGAAAAUGAAUCUGAUAUGACACAAGUUAAGGCAUGCACU